GUCAUGCCAGCUCGCACAGUGAUCCAGAAAGAUCUUGUGAAUGCAGGAGAAUAGCGUGGGGGGAGUGCUAGCCGGUGUUCGCAAGUGACAAGGCCUGGCUGAAGCAAGGAUAGAAGAACAGAUGGGCGGGCGCACCCGACGAGAGAAAAGCAGCAUGCGGAGUUACUUGGGUUGGGCCUCCCUCGCCUUCAUGGCGACCUGGGUCUGCAUUACGAUCAAUUUUGUUUCUCGGAACCGCGAAGACGAUGGCUUGACGAGAGGACGAGACGACGAAAUCGCAGGAGCGGCGGAUCUUCGCCAGGAGUCGGGGAUUGCCUCAUUGAAGGUGCUGGAGGGGCGGAAAGGGUGGGACUUGGUGGAGAAGUUGCAUUCUAUCGGCGUCGCCAAUCCAGGGGAGCUGGCGAGGUUGCUUGAGGAAGAAGACCCGUUUGAGAUAGCGGUGGACUCUCCGGACAGGUUUCAGUGCCCGGCCAUCGAAGCAGAUCGGUUCUCGUUGCCCGACAUCCGAGACCACCACCAGGAGAAGUAUUUCAAGUCGGGGGAGGGGUUCAUCUACUACCAGCACCUGAGGAAGGCGGGGGGCACGGGGUUCUGCGAGAUGGCCGGCAGGAACAUGCCGGCGCGAGAGGUACCGAUGUACCACUGCAUGCCGGACAACAGGGGUGCCAUGGCCACCCCGCCGUGGUCUGACAAGGACUUCCUGCUGGAGAAGAUGAAAAAGAACGGCCACCGCAUCACCGCCAACGAGUGGGAUGCCUUCCCGAUGUCUCACCUCAACCUGCCGGGGGCUGUCUUUGGGACAACCUUCAGGCAUCCGGUGGAUCGAUGGUACAGCCAGUACCGGUUCGAGCACGUGGAGCACCGGGACGGUUCCGACCCGGAGAAAGAGAGCAUGCCGUUCCUCGUGUGGUACAAACGGAUGAGGCCGUACAUUAUGGGGGACAACUACUACGUGAAGACUUUCUGCGGCAAGGCCAACCCGCCCGCUGAGAAGCUCAUGCAGGACUUGAACGCGAAGGGGAGCCCGAAGCACACAAAUGAUUUAUCGUGGAGCUACCACAAGUUUAACAACUGGAAAGACAAGGUCACCUGGAAGGACCUCAAGAUGGCGAUGGAGAUUCUUCGAAGAUUCAACCUCAUCUUGAUCCUGGAGUUUGUCGACGAUGAGAUGUGGGCGUUGGAGGAAGCGUUGGGCUGGACCCAGGCACGGAAACAGGUGCUACCGCACGAGAACCAGGCGAAGCGGGAGGUGAAGAAGUCUAUAUCCGCGAAGGAAGCACUGCCGUCGGGGGUCUGGUUGGAGAUGUUGACAGCGAACGUGUUCGACCUGCUGCUGUUCCACUGGGCGAAGCGCAUGUACCUGGAGCGAAGCGCCUGCCGCUCCUUCGACGAAGAGGCGAUCUUGAACCUGCCGCCGAGCAUUGAGCACCAACAGGCCGUUGACGCUUGA